AGACAAAUCCCCAGGCCAUCCUAGAUUGUCUUAUGUGCAUGCUGAGUGCAGCUGCUACUGUUUUCAUACAUAAUUCAAAUACAUCUCUUGGCAGCUCAACAGGCUUUACAUGACUAUUGGGCACAUGUUGAACACCUUUGGAAAGAUAUCCAUACCAAUAAUAAAACUUGGAUUUGCUCAAAAGUAUUCACCUCUAUUUGCUAAGGUCUCAACUUUCCAAAAAGCCAUGGCAAAGAAAAGAGGUAAUGAUGCUGCAAAAUCUGGGAAUUCGUCUUCUGAGAAAGGAGAGCCUGCAAGCAAGAAGUUAAAGUCAAAUUCUGUGCAAGAAAAAACAUCAUCUACUGAAGCAUCUGAAACUUUUCACUCUGAAGCUGUCACAAAUUCAGGGGAGAAAUGGAACUUCAAAAUUGUAUCUUGGAAUAUCAAUGGACUUAGAGCUUGGCUACAAAAUGAUGGACAUUCUAUUAUAGCCAAGGAAGACCCUGAUGUUAUUUGCCUACAAGAAACUAAGUGCUCCAAAGACAAGAUCCCGGAGGCAGCUCUCAAUGUUCCUGGUUAUAAAUCUUACUUUAUGUCUGCUGAGAAAGAAGGCUAUGCCGGUGUUGCUGUAUACAGCAAGGUUGCGCCUCUCUCCAUUGCGUAUGGUGUAAGCGAUGGAGAACAUGACAAGGAAGGCCGAGCCAUCACUCUCAAGUUUGAAGACUUCUACCUUGUCACUGCCUAUGUGCCAAACUCAGGUCGUGGAUUAGUAACACUGGACAAAAGGUUGAAUUGGGACGCCAUUUUCUUGAAGUAUCUCCAGGAGCUUGACAAAGAGAAACCUGUCAUAAUGUGUGGUGACUUGAAUGUCUCGCAUCACGAAAUCGAUCUGGCUAAUCCAAAAACCAAUCGCAAGAAUGCCGGCUUCACGCAGGAAGAGCGUGAUGGCUUCACAAAGCUGCUUGAAGCAGGAUUUGUUGACAGCUUCAGACACUUUUAUCCUAAGAAGGAAAAUGCCUACACUUUUUGGACUUACAUGAGGAAUGCUAGGGCAAAAAAUGUUGGAUGGCGUCUUGACUACUUCGUGGUAUCGGAACGCUUCAAGGAGUCGCUCUGUGACAGCCUCAUCCGCAGCUGGGUGAUGGGAUCCGACCACUGCCCUAUCACGCUGCUCAUCCACACUAAGAUGGCUCGAUCGUCGUAACUAUUUCUCUGCCAAAGAUGCUCUGCCAGGCAUUUCCUCUACCUCAACAAAAAGGAUGUAAAAGCGUGACGAUUGUUCCUAGCUUGUGAAUCAUAUUGAUGAAUUGGGAAUGAACUAAUUGGGUUUCUUUAAAAUCUAGUUAUACCAUUCAGUUUUGAUUGAGUUACUAUCAUAAACUGCCGAUCGGUGAAUUGCAACUUAAAUUCUUCAAGAUUAGCUGCUAACAUCACAUUUUUUCAAAAUAUUCCCUUUAUUCCUCAUAACGCAGUGUGCUCGAAGCUUCAAUUUUGUGUGUAAAGUUCUACAUUUUACAUCAUACCAAUUAUUCGAUUAGAAACUGGAUUAUUGUGAAGUACACUCCAAGUAGAAAAAUAUUCUUACAUAUCUGCCCAGUUUAUGUAUUCUUGUUCUUGUGGUUAAAUUUUUCGAAUGGUAAGAUUUUAAAUUGUUUAUCUAAAGAACUGUUUUCUCAGAUUUUUAUUGUUACUUCUGAACAUUGAUGUGUAAGAUGAAUGCUUAGUUCGAUCACGUAAAAUUCUGGUCGUAAAAUUUGUCUAUAUGAUGAACUCGAAUUAAUUUUAUAGAAGUAACAUUAAUGAGCAGAAAAAAUCUCCAUCAGAAAGUCAUUCCUAUUACUGUAUAAUUCAUGAAAUCUGGUAAUAUCAUGUUUCACCAGGAACUGAUCCAUGUAAGAAAAUUUAGAUAGACACUAUAAACGGAAGUUCUCAAGUUAUAUUGUUUUAGUGACGGAAAGAUUUUCACGUAGCCUUGAUUUUGAGUUCAGAUAUUGAGAAAUUUUUGCAGUAUAAAAUGAGUUCCGUUCGUUUCAAACGCUAUGGAAACCAGAAAAUAUUAUUUAAUAUAAAAAUAA